AUGGCCGAACCGCAUUACAGAUACUCGGCCUCGGGCCGACGUUCCCCUACAUUCAACCCGGCGCGGGCAUCUUUGCCCCUCAGCGUUGGGUAUAGUUCCCCGUAUGGCGGGGAUAUACAUGCGAUCCCCACUGCUCGCUAUGACUCGAGUGUCCCACGAAGGCAGGGCGGCACAACGACAAUAACGACUUACAAUGUUACUAAGGAUCCCGUGACGCGAAGCUCAAGUGUUCGCGAUCACAGCCGCAACCGUCAUCGUCCUUCGACUGUCGACGCCGCGCCACACGUCAAACCCAUCAUCGUCACCACAAACCAUCCGCCUAGCCGAUCUAGCAAUCCAUCGUCGCACGCUUCGUCCGCCACCGCCAGAGCGAGCAGUCCUACGCGAGAUGCGCAUCGCAGCGUUGACGAAACCUACUAUGCUCAGCCGGCAUCCUCGAUUCGCUCGCGGAGCCAUAACCGUCACCACAGCUCGAGUGCGACUAUGGAUAAUGAUGAGUUCUACCGACUGUGGGAGCGGCAGGGCGAUGAAAGACUCCGGGCGCCUCGCCCUAGCAUCGGGACUGGAGCCGACCCCUACCACCCGCACAGUCGUCAGUCCAUGUACGUGAACACACCACGGAACAGCACCUCGCUGGUAGACUUCAAUCCAGUCGAUGGAUACGAAUAUACGAAGCCGAGUGAACUCGCAAGAUACGAUCUGGAUCAUGACCAAUCCAGAACUCGUGCCAGCCGGCGUGAGAGCAUUGAUCGGAACUACUAUCGGCCAUCUGUCAGUGUGGUCAGCAGUGAAGUCAGUCGCCCUGAACGUAGGGGUCCACCACCCACGUCCUCCGCCAUCGACCGGUACAACCGCAGUGCUGCUGCUGCCGCUGCCGCUUCCGCCGGCAUCUAUGAUCGUCCAACCGUCACCCUGCCUUCUCUACCACCUGCGCUACCCCCUCCGCCGGUUGAUGCUGCUCGUCGGUCUGGCCUCCCUGAUGCCGCCGCAAGCCCGACGGUCGAUCGAUGGAGUGCAGGGCGAGCAAGGCCUGUCUCGCUUUAUCAAGAUGCGGCUCCUCGGAUGUCGCAGCCAGAUGAGCUGUAUCGUGCGCGUGACGAUGAGCGCGCACACAGAGAUCACCGGGAACGUAGUGAUGAGUUCUUCCGCGAUGAUGUGGUAGCUUCGCGUGGGUUUGGACUUCGUCCAGAACUUGUUGAGCCGCCGCAGCCAGAUCACCGUCGCCACGUUGAAACUGCGGAUCGACGAGAGUACGAUGACCGCCGCUUCCGUAGGGAGCAUGAGGACGCCGAGCCAAGACACCGGUCUGAUGAUGACCUGGACAGAGCUCGUGGGCCCGAUGAGCGUAAGGGCAUAGAGUUCAGGCCCCGUAUGGAGGAGAGCAGGGACCGGAAAGACAACACGGAUAGCAAGAUUCGCGACAAAGUAGCUGCUGGCCUGGGCGCCGCUGCCGCAGCUAUUGGUCUUGGCGCUGUAGCAUCCAAAGAAGAGGAAGACCCGAGGGACGGCAGGGGGUCUCCUCGUCGACCCAGAGCAUCUGAAGAAGACCUGGAGCCCGUCGGUGCCCACGCUGCCGCAAGGUACAAGCCUCGUGAGACGGACGUGGUCGAGCGGAAAUCCUCUCCCCGUGAGGAUCCCACCAUUGUGGAGCAGAAACGAGAAGCCAGAAAGGAAAGAACCGAUCCUCGUGACGGUUCAAGUACCGACGGCUCACGCGACCGCAAUUCGCAUGAGAGGGAGCGUGAGAGGACCCUCGAGCGAGAUAGCUACCGGCGCGAGACCGAAGCGAGGUUGAGCGGUCCUCUCAACACCAGAGACAGCUCGCCCAUAACUGAGGACCCUGCUAUGGCUCCUCAACGACGGCGUCGUGCGUCUUCGGCUGCCCCAUUCAACCCCACUGACACGAGAGGUAUAAUGGAUCUGAAGGCCGAAUUAGCCGCCAUUGACGGCCCUGAGAAGCCCAAGGAGAAGGAGAGGCUAUCAGCGCGUGAGCGUGAUCGCGCUACUGAUGUCGACACCAUUGUAUCCUCGAGCUCCGAGAGACAAUCGGCCGCCUCGCGACCUCGUGGGAGAGACGACGAGUCUCGAGGACGUGAAUUGGCGCCUGUCGACUUCGAUCAACAAAAGCAAGUCCGGGUUGUAUCGCCACCUCGGGACAAGUCAGAGCAGAAACCCAUUAAGGGCAUCCUGAAGCAGCCCAAGGAACAGUUCCCUGAAGAGCCCUACCCCGUCCGUGAGGGCGUUGCGCCUCAUAAAAAUGACGAAAAAAAGAAAGACGUCCCGCCCGACGCACGCUGGACCAAGAUCAGUCGUAAGAUGGUCAACCCGGAAGCCUUAACCAUUGGUAAGGAACGUUAUGAGGUCCGCGACGACUUUGUCAUCGUUCUGCGUGUCCUGAGCAAGGAAGAGAUUCAAGGAUAUGCAACUGCAACUGCACAAAUUAGAGAAAAGCGAAGAAGGGAGUAUGAGAGGGAGAAUGAGGGUCGGAGCUAUGAUGACCGAGAUCGUGGUGAUGACGAAGAGGAGCGCAGGAGACGACACCGUCACCGCCGCGAGCGUGGCGAGGAGGACGAUGAUCGCAAAGACCGGGACAGAGAUUACGACCGUGAUCGUGGGGGUCGCACCCGUCGCCACAAAUAUGACGCGGAUGUCGAGGAAGAGGAGCGAAGGUCGGCGGAUGACUACCUUGAUCAUGGUAGUCACCAUACUCGCUCGCAUUCGCAUCGGGAUAGAGACUAA